AGGGCGCAACCUGAACUAUAAAUACGAUGGUUCAGCUUUCAGGAGAUCAGUCUCGCAGUGCUUUUUGGAACGAAUUGACCUAUUUGCAAGCCAACAUGUCUCUUGAACGUCAAGUCCGGGCUAAACUCGCCUCCAAGCGCAACCCAGAUCAAGAAAAGGAAUGCCAGGGUUGGAUUGAAACCAUUCUCGGUGCUAGGUUCCCACCUGGUGAGGCAUUUGAAGAUGUCCUCAAGGACGGAACUGUACUCUGCCAACUCAUCAACAAAAUCAAGCCUGGCUCCGUCAACAAAAUCAACACCUCAGGUGGACAAUUCAAAAUGAUGGAGAACAUCACAAACUUCCAAGGAGCAAUCAAAGCUUAUGGAGUCCCAGAUAUCGAUGUAUUCCAAACAGUGGACCUCUGGGAGAAGAAAGAUAUCGCUCAAGUAGUCAGCACACUAUAUGCUUUGGGCCGUGAGACCUACAGACACGCCGAAUGGAGUGGCCCCUACCUCGGACCCAAGCCAGCUGAUGAAUGCAAGCGUGACUUCUCCGACGAGGUGCUGAAGGCUGGUCAGACCAUGAUUGGUCUCCAGGCUGGAUCAAACAAAGGUGCCACCCAGGCAGGCCAAAACCUUGGUGCCGGCCGCAAAAUCCUGCUCGGAAAGUGAAAAGUGAUAUUAAUUUUAAGCUCGGUACAAAAUGAGUGGAUAUGAGACUGUUUGGUUCUUUAGACUAGCCAAUAUGUAAGGUUGUGUGUUCUCUUGUUUGGACAAGAUGACAUAGUGUUGCCAGUGGUAAUAACAUCUUAUAUAUUGAUCUGAAUUCGUUUUGUAUUAGUCAUAAGAUAAGUUUCCAUUUUAUUAUCUUUUGUAAUAAAAUAUAUUUAUUUAUUAAGGUUUA